AUGCGCGAAAAUGAUGAGAACGAGUGCUGUUGCGUCAUCUUCGACUUAGACGGCACGUUAAUCAACACGGAAGCGAUCGUGGACGAGGCGGUCGUUUCGACGAUAAAAACGAUGAAAAAAUCAGUCAGCGAGCGCGAGAUAUUCGACGCCGCGGAGGACUGCAGAGGCCAAAGACCGUUGGAAGCGAGCGUGGAGUUGUGCGAAAAACUAAGUUUACACGACGUGGUAAAACCCGCGGAGUUGUUGACAAAAUGCGGGGAGAAGUUACAAUGGGACGGAAUCGAUAUACCGGACAUGCCCGGAGCGGUGAGAUUGUUGGAAUUUUUGAAGAGGAAGAAAGUACCGAUGGCGUUGGCGACGUCGACGAGCAGGAAAGAGCUCGAGAAAAAGAUGAAGAGCACCGGGAGGACGAGCGAUGAUGGUAAUCACAGAGGGGAUUUGCUGAGUUAUUUCGACGCGAUUUGUUGCGGGGAUGAAGUCGCGAAAGGGAAACCAGACCCGGAAAUAUUCCACUUGGCGAUGGAACGGUUAGGCGUGAAGAGAGAAGACGCGGGAAGGUGUUUGGUGUUUGAGGAUACGCCGCACGGAGUCUCCGCGGCCAAAGCGGCCGGGUGUUGUUGCGUCGCGGUGCCGAGCUUGAGGAGAGAAAAGUUCGACAUGUAUAAAGGCGCGGAUCGAGUGUAUCACUCGUUGAUGGACAUCGAGUUGGAAGAUUUUGGUUUGCCAAAGUUUGAGGAUUGGAAAGAGGUAAAGACGGUGGAAUUCGUCAAAGAGGACGGAGACGCGAGCUUGAGUAGUCAGACGCGUAAAUACGAAAGGUUUUUAAAGCUCGACGCGUUUUUAGAGUUAACUGGUCCAGUCAUUCGCGGUUUUGGACGCGGGAGUAAAAUGUUAGGAAUUCCAACCGCGAACCUCGACGUCGUGCCUUUGAAGCAGCAAAUAGACAAACUCGCGCCUGGGAUCUAUUUCGGCUUCGCCAAAAUCUCUUCUGGAAAACACAAAUCCACCGGCAUUCACCGAACGGUCAUGUCCAUCGGGUACAACCCUUUCUUCAACGAUAAGCGAAAAUCUAUCGAGCCGUGGUUACUCCGCGAAUUCGAGGAAGAUUUUUACGACGAGACCUUAUCCGUCCUCGUUUGCGCGUACGUUCGAGCCGAGUGUAAUUUCACGACGGUCGAAAAUCUCAUCGAGAGGAUUCGAAAAGACGCGAGAGUGUGCGAGGAAGCGUUGGAUUUAGAUUUAGUGGAAGGUUUAGACAGUUGGAAACAUUGGUUUGAGGAUGACGUGUAA